AGAACUGUCUAAGUGAACGCAUGCGCAGCUCAACCUCUGCCUGCUUCUAAGGGUGUCGAUUCUGAAGCUGGAACAGUAGAGGAAAAGAUACUGUAUUUAUAUACACAAAACAUAUAAAAGAAACGGAUGUGCUUCAGAAAACGAAACGGCUGCCGCCCGCCAGGUCCUUUUAAUGCAAAUACUGAGGGAUCGGCAGCCAGCAGGGGGAUGACAUGCGUGUACCCAGGCUGUUAACAACGUUGAGGAUUUCCAGACUAUCUGUCCGCAAGCCGCCAAGCCAUGAUGGACAUACUGAGCCAGUGGUCUUCGGCCGGGUGGCAUCUCCGGCUGUCGCGUCACCCUGACUGCUUAGUGGUGGAUGGAGGGAUUUGAGGGAAAAUUCACAAAGGGAAAAGAGAAGCACAGGAGAGGAAGAACCAUUAGUUGAUUAUUCCAGACUGACAGACUCCUUGGAAGUACACAGGUCCUGUCCCGGCAGAGCGAGAGAGCCCCAUGGUGCGGAGUGAGACGUCUCCCAGCAGGGCCCGCAGGGGCCCCACGCAGCGGCCCAACGCCUGCUGCUUCUGCUGGUGCUGCUGCUGUAGCUGCUCAUGUCUUACUGUUAGGAAUGAAGACGGCGGUCAGGCCAGAAGGAAGUCCCUGGAGACCAAGUUGGAGCCCAUACCAAACUAUGAACCUUGCGCCAAACCAACAGUGGAUGAGAUGCAGCUAUGGGCACACUCCUUCGACAAGAUGAUGAAGAACCCGGCUGGUCGAAACGUCUUCAGGGAAUUCUUAAGGACUGAGUACAGUGAGGAGAACAUGCUGUUCUGGAUGGCCUGCGAGGACCUCAAGAAGGAGAUAAACAAAUCCGCCAUUGAGGACAAGGCACGGAUGAUCUAUGAGAAUUACAUCUCAAUACUCUCGCCCAAAGAGGUGAGUCUGGACUCCAGGGUGAGAGAGGUCAUCAACAAGAAGAUGCAGGAGCCCACUCCCUUCACGUUUGAGGAUGCUCAGCUUCAGAUCUACACUCUCAUGCACAGAGACUCCUACCCCAGGUUCCUCAACUGCGCUAUAUACAAAUCCCUGCUGCAGGAGGCAUCUCGCCCACCUUCUGAGUCAUAGGUCCACUACUCUCACCUCCCCUUCUCUCACUGUCUCUCUGUUUCAAUUCCCUUUUGCACAACCACUAAAAGAAAAUCCUCCAGUAGGGGAUUCUUCUUAUUAUUAGUAGUAUUACUAUUGUUAUUAUUGAAUUUUUGCUAUUCCCCCACACUUUAGAAAAUGCCCUGUUAUUGGUGGGAUUUACCAAAUCUACAGACUUUAACUGGAAGACACAGGGUCAUUAACAGAAGACAUUUUCGUUUUCUCAUUCCACUGCAGUUACAGCUACUACAUCUACAGUACUACUGAUUUAUACAUUUUUGUACGUUUUAUUUUAUUAUUAUUUUAUUAGUAGUAUUUUUUGAAUAUAUAUUGAUAUGUAUGUGUUGGUCCCCCGAUGCUCGGCAAUAAGGCACAGGAGUAUAUGCUGGAGUGGUUCAGAGCAUGACCACUGGACUGGGAUUCUGUUGUGAUCUGUUUAAUCUGACCUUUCCACUGUCUUUCUACUGGGAUUGAUUGGGAAGAUUUAGCUGCAGUGGGGGGGGGGGCUGAGAGGUCUGUGGUCAAAAACUUCAAGGUGGCCAAGAAUGGUUUGUAGGUUUGCAAACCCAAUGAUUGUACUCAAGCGCCUAAGGAAAAGUCUAAAUAAUGAAAGAAAAAACUAAUAUCACUGUUUCCUCUAGAAUGUCAAGUAUGUUUCUGAGAAGUGUUAUUGAUGUUAUUUAUUUUCUUUAAUGCACAAAUUCAUUUCCUGUAUUUUUUUUAAUUGGUACUAAUGACAGUGGUACUGAGCUGUGUGUCAGACACACAGAAACGAUACCGGGAGUGUUUUUUGUUAAAUAUAAACACAGUUCCUUAGAGUUCACCGGUAGAGAUUGUGUGACCCCAGCUGCUUGUCACUGUCAUACAUGAUUUUACAUACUUAUUUACCCACCACACUGGGUGCCUCAAUUUUAGGAGAACCCCCCCUCCCCGUGACUCCCUGUGUGUUUAAGGUUUGACCCCUUUAACACAAACAAAAGGAUACACUCUUCGCACUCUCAGUAGGGAUCACAGCCAUUCCUAUGGGUACUGGCCAAAAGGCUCAUUUAAAAAAAUACAACCAAUAUGUGUCGUUCCAAUACUACUGCAGUAUAAUAUAUUGCUAGUAAUAAUAGUAUUUCUCCAUAUUGCACUUUCUGUUAAAAUUUGGGUCUGCUGGUUUAUUAUUCCACAGUGGUACGCAUAAAAUACAAGAAAGGCUUUAUUUUAUUUGUAGGCCUAUGUUUGAAUGUAUGGCUUGCAACAACGGGUGUGCUCUCCUCUCUCUGCCUUGUCCCAAGAGAGACUAGACACACUUUGACUUGUAAGAAAUCCAUCCGACUGGUUUAUUCAAAUGCCGUCUGCUAAAGUCCUGUUCAGGCUAGUCUGGCGGAGUGCACUCGUAUCUUGAGGCCCUCCUCUUAUUAUCCAUUGGUCAAUUAUUAUCCAUUGGUCAAGUCAGCCGUGUCCAUCACAAUGUCAGUAUUGUGCCUGGGUAUGGCCUCCCCAGCAGGAAAAAGCUUAUCAAUAGCAAAUUCAAUAAUCGAUCGUUGAUUACCUCCAGACAGAAAUUGUCAGGGCAUGCUUAUCGGUCUAGUGUGGAGCCGAAACUGCAAAACAAGCAUUGCCGGAACACCAGAUAGUUUCAGCACAGUUUAGGAUUUGCUGUUUUAAUCUUAUUUGUGUGUAUUUACACUGAGCAUAAGGUGAUUCUGCAUUGACCAUCAUUCUGUUACUGUUGAAGCGUGACAAUUCAUUUUCUCUCUGAGCCACCAUCCUAACUUUUUAUCCAGGUGUUACAUGUUUCCUUGUAAAUAGUAGCCAUUUUUAUUCUUUUAGAGGUUGGUUAGAAAAAAAUCAAAAUAAAUUUUUGUGCAUUAGCAAACUACAGUUCCGUGUAGUUGCUGCUUACUGACAAAAAAAAAAUAUAUAAAUUUGGCACAAACAAAACAAAGAAAAAAGCAAAAACCCUUUAUUGACAAAAUCUGCCACUUUUCCCACUUCUGUUUUGUCGAAAUGGACGUGAUGAUGAAAUUGGUAGUUCCCAGUGAUACAGAAGCUAUCUGUCAUAGUCUGGUCCUGACACUGUGAGCCCCUGGGUCUCAGCCCUUAUGAAAAGUUAGAUAUGUUUAUUAGAUAUGUUAGAUAUGUAAAAAACAUGGUUCUUACAGGUACAUUACAAAUAUAUCUAUUAUUGCCAUUUUUAUACAUGGGAUCAUAUAUGUAAGAACAUAUAUGUUGUAAAAUGUAUAAAAAUGUACGAUUUAACAAUGUAUGCUGCAUUUUUUGCAUUUUUGAAAGUGGCAAUAAUGUGUAUAUUUAAAAUAUAUUGUAUUACAAUGAUUUUGACAUCCUGGAAAAAAUAACAUUCUUAUAUAAAUGUUUAUGAAGAUAAAUAAAUCUGUAUUAUAUUCCUUAUUGAAUUUCUUUACAUAUAUUGGUUUUCUAUAAGGGAACAGCCAUGCUAGCCAUCAGAGUAGAGUCCCUUAUAUUCUUCAGUGUAUGAGGCAUCCAGCUUCCGUGUUCAGGGACGCUGAGCCACAUAUGACUUGGGAAAGCUGUUUUAGAUACACAGCUAGUUGAUGCAUUGUGUUCACAUCACCUCUCGAAAUUACACUCCCCCCUCCUCUAGACACUGGCCUGUGUGUGCACAGACGCUCAGACAGCAUGUGGGAUCCAAGUGAGGCACUUUGUAUCCAGGACAGAGCGUGGGCAACAAAAAAAAGUGUCAUGGCUCCAUUCAAAUGGGCAUUAAAAUGAGCUUAAGAAAGCAUGAUACUCUGACCUUUCGCAAUGAUUUGUACUUCCCAUUCUUACUGUUCAAUUGACAAUUGACUUAACACAUAAAUUUCACUUAUUGUCACUGAACCAACUGUAUAUCGAACAUAAAAAUGACUAAAUGAAUUAAGUCAGCUCCAACAAAGUAACUCUUUCAUUAACUUCACAUUUUGAUUUAUUGCUGCUACUGUAGGUAUUUCAUUUCCCGAUCAACACACUAGAAAUGCAAUAAGGGUUCCUAGGACGUUGCAUUUUGGGUUGGUUUAAUUAAAAGCUGAUCUUUUAUCCUCUCCUUAGCCAUUCACUAGCAAAUGAAGAUGUGAAGGAUUGUGUCUGAAAUCAAAUGGGCUGCCAUUGGGAGCAGCGGGAGAUACAGUAGUAUACUGUAGCGACUCGUUUUCACUGCCUGGCUUCAGAUGGUGCAUAGCUAUGGUGUUCAUACUCAGUGCCAUGGAUAGUCGCAGAUCAGACUGCAGCAGAGGGAAGUCUGCUUACUGUUUACAGUUCAGGAUUUUAAAUUGCAAUCUUCCUUUCUACCUACAGUAAAACAUGUAUAGUUAGUAUAUUGCAUAAAGCUAUAGGCAUAUAGAAUUUAUUUACAGAUAUAUAUUCUUACACCCAUAGUUAUCCUGGGCAUGGUCCCAGGUACAUAUUUUUUCAUAUAUUUUAUAUAAGCAGAUCUAUAGUUCAUAUGAUGUUACAUUUAACACAAUCAUAAUAAGAUGUUUAUUUAAAUGCAUUUUACAAGAAAGGAGUAUUGCAGUUUUUAAUGCUGUUAUUUUAUAGAGUGACAAGUGCUUGGAUGUAUAAUUGUUUUUGUGCUGAGAAGAUUUAAUAAUUGUGCAUGAUGUUAUUUUUAGAUAUAUGUAUGUUUAUAUGAAAAUAUAUAUAUAAACAUAUAUUUAGUAAAGCCUUGGUUAUCCAGUGUGAUGAAAUGGUCUGGCCUGGUUGAACGGAAUUGCAAUGUUUCAGUCUGCCGACUUCUGUGGCGAGAGUCCAGGGUGGGGGUUGGGGUCCCGGCACAGGCGAGAGCAGACCUGCAUCCACCUGACACCUGGGCAACACAGCAGCCAACUCCCGGACUGCAACCAUCUGUACAGCUGUGUGCUGCUCCACAGCACCCCCUGCUGCACGCCCGCAGGCACACAUGCGCAGCACAGAAGGUCACACACAAGAAGCCCGUCAUACAAGUGAGGGAAGAGGAAGCUUUCCUGAGCCUGCAUCAUAAAUCACUGUGCUGGUGGUUUCUCCACUAUACUUAGGACCGUAUUCUCCAUUUUUAUUCUGAUUUUUCAAUAAGAAAUAUACCUGUGUGCCUGCCCAUGUCCGAGUGGCAAAGGAAGGUUCCAGCACAUUGUGAUUUGACCAUGAGGGAGUAUUAUGGGGAUCUGUGAUCAUUCCCGUAUUGCCGUAUUGUCGUGUCAGAUGAAAACCCCGGCUCUGCACACUCUGCCGCCGUGCGAAUAGGUGAACGUCCACUUCACACCGACAGCCAUCGCCACACUUGUCACAUGGCUGCGUUGUGUUUACCGUGAUGCUGCCUCAUGUCACCUCCCCUCCAUCCAAAAGCCAGGCAGGCAGAGAGGAAAACUCGGAAUGUGGAGGCCUGUUCAUGUUUACACAUCCCUGUCCCCUGAGCUGGAAGUGUCAGACAGCCUUUUGUGGUAGGUGAAGGGAGCAUGUGUGUGUGUGUGUGAGGAAGUGUGUACACCGAUACACACACAUGUCUGAAAUAUACCAUACAUACUUUCAUACUUAAUUUUUUUUGUCUUUCUCUGUUCUUGGUAAUAUUAGUGAUAUAAAAAAUUAGAGUAUACAUCAGUGUACACCUUCAUCAGAGGCUCCUUUACAAAGGCUCAUCGUACAACUAUUUUCCACACAAAGUGCAGUACAAGUGAGCGGCAGUAUUUCUGUAAACUAAUCCAUCACAUUUUUUUUCCCUUUGUGCUCUCUACUUCUCCACUACCUGUUACAGCCACGACAACACAGUGCUAUGAAAAGCAGUAGCUAUGGGUUAUUACAUUGUCAUUUAUUCAUGUUCAGCCCGUGCCUCUACUUUUUUUUUUUUUCUCAGAAGUCAGGGCCAAACUUACAAAUAUAUUUGUUUGUUUUUGUUUUUUCUUUAUUUUUUGUGAUGAUCUGGAAACCAACCUCAUUGGUGCUAUUUGCCCUGCCACACGAAGCUGGGCCUCAAGCAGAGUCUCCACAAUGUCAACUCCUGCUGGUCCUACCUGAUCCUGACCUUAAUCUGUUCUGCUGUGUUACCAUAAAGUUGGAUUCAAUUGCUGAAUGUUUUUUUUUUAAUAUAUAUAUAUAUAUAUACUGAUAAUAAUAAAGGAGUUUGUGUUAUCA